AGCUCGCUUACACCGUCGAACUGCGUUGGCGAGAUCACCAGCUUUCCGAAUUGCGAUGCAGUCACGCGCAUAACCAAACAACAUUGCAAGUCAGAAUUUCGUCAAUGCGGAUUGACCACGACAUACGAUUCCAAAUUUGACUCAUUCCUUACCGAAUGGCAUGCAACCUGCGAUGAGUAUCUUUCUGCACCAAUCACUACUCCAUCAGUAGCUGAACCGACUGCUACAGCUCAACAAGACGUGUGUGUGUCUCUUGCAGAGAGCUGCGACCGUUGGAGUAGAGGUGCUUCGACAUGUAGAGUAUCAACAAGCAAUGGACCAGUAGUCACGAGCUGUUUGUGUUCGAAGAGCAUGUUGAGCCUGGCGAGCGCGUGUGAGAUUGAUGGCAGUCGACUUUGCCUGUUUUCCAGUGCUGAUGUUACGCAACUUUGGGAGUACCAAAAUUGU